CACUCAGAAAAAGUCAUGUCGUCGAAGCGAUCGGAGUGAAAAUUUUUCGGUGUCGCCGUCUGCGCUGGAAUCUGGAAGCAAUUUUCGGCCCCCAAACGUUCGCGCCGUGCGGCAACAGCAGUCGGAACGCGUAACCGGACCGCGGAUCGUUCGUCGGAGGGUGGGCGUGUGGCCAUCGGACGUGUACUGACGGCACGGGAAGCAGGUGAAAAGUGUCGCAGGUUCCUUUGCCAGAAGGGUGGAGAAAAAAAGUGGGCAAAAGUGAAAAGUGACAGCUCGCGAAGGCGAAGAAAAGACAGAAAGAAACAAGUCAGCAAAGUCAUCAUCCAGAAAGGUUUCUUGGUCGCGACUCGGAAGCGGGCUGAUAACGGUGCCGCCGGAGGAGGACGAUUCGUGUCAAAUCGUCGAGUUUUGAGAGAAGCACCCAAACAGCGGUAUCAGUAGCGCUAGCAGUAGAAGCAGAUAAUGUCCGGGUUCGAUGAUAAUCCGUUCGGCGAGCCGAUCGUGGACAACCCGUUUGCGGACCCCUCGAUCCAGGCCGUGCGAAACAACUCGGCGAACGCCCAACAGACGCUGGACGACUACGACCCGUUCUCGAGCGAAUCGACCAAUGCCCGAAGCAACCAGCCCCAGCAGCCGGCCACCCUGCAGCCCUCGUCCCAGACGGUUCCGGCUUACAGCCAGAGCGGGGCCCAGUACAGCAGCAAUGCGUCCGUGCCGGGAGCGGGUCCCAGCCCGGCCGCGAUGACACAGAUCUCCACCGCCGAGCUGCAGCGGCGCCAAGACGAGCUGGAGAAGAAAGCGCAGGAGCUGGAACGUCGCGAGGCGGAGCUGAUGAACAGUGCCAACGCUAGCCGGCCGAACAACUGGCCCCCGCUGCCCUCGUUCUGUCCGGUGCAGCCCUGUUUCUACCACGACAUCAACAUCGACAUCCCGACCGAGUUCCAGAAGAUUGUGCAGAACCUGUACUACCUGUGGAUGUUCUACGCGCUCGUCAUGGUCGUCAACAUCCUCGGCGGCCUGGUGAUACUGUUCCACUCCGGGGACUUUCGCACCUUUGGGCUGGGCAUGUUUUACGCGAUCCUGUUCACGCCGGCCUCGUUCCUGUGCUGGUACCGCCCGGCGUACAAGGCGUUCAAGAACGACUCGAGCUUCAACUUUAUGAUGUUCUUCUUCAUUUUCUUCUUUCAAACGCUGGUGACGAUCGUGCAGACGAUCGGCUUUCCCGGCUCGGGCACGUGUGGCAUUAUUAUGGCCAUUACGCAGUUUGGCGGUGGUGGAAUCGGCAUCCUGGUGGGCAUCUUUGUGCUCGCGAUUGCGUUCGGGUACGGGGCGUGCGCCGCCGGGAACAUUUUUAUGCUGAGCAAGAUCCACGCCAUCUACCGCAGCGGCACCGAGACGAACCGCAUCACGAUGGACAAGGCCCGCCAGGAGUUCCAGUCGGGCUUCUUCGGCAACCAGAUCGUGCGGGACGCGGCGGCCGGCGCCGCACGGGCCACCGUCCAGUCGCAGUUCAACCAGAACAGGUACUGAAAUUCGAUCCCAAAAACAAAAAAAGAAGGCAAAGUCGUCAAACUACAAAUUCAACCAAGCAAACUAUUCUCCCUUUUACCCUUUGCGAGAAAAUUGCACCCUAUUUUUUUGUUUCGUUGUUGUUUCCUCUUCCACUAUCGAGUUUUUUUUUCUCAAAGUUUAUCCGUUUAUUUAUACCGUAUUUACACGAUCACUCUAGACUCUUACUAUCGUUGUUUAGUCAGUGCAACCUCUAUUUUUCGUUUUCUAACCUUGUUAUAAAACACACUUGAAACAACUUCAUUCGUUAUUCUAUUAUUCUUCACAAAUUUACCUUAGUUUUUUUGAGAUUCGUUAGAUUCUACUUUUUACUUUUGAGUCGCCGAAGAAUUGUGUUUAGUUUAGUGAAAAGAAGUAUCAUUCAAUCAUUGAAAAUGCGCUGUUUAGUGAGUAAAAAAAAACAUUCAAACAACAAAUUAAUUUCAGACCUACCACAUUGUAACGAUUAAGCUAUAGGGCAAGAGUAACUAAAAGGGCAAAUCAUUGAAAAUGUUUGCAAACACUUAACCACAACAACUAAUUUCCACGUGGAAAUAAUCCGACGACUGGGACGAGGACGAGGACAAUGACUAAAGUUAGACGUUAACGAUACAAAUUAUGUUACGAAAACAAACAACAAAAGAUAACAGAAAGAGACGAAUUGUUAAUCAUUGCUAAUUAUAUAAAUGUGUGUAUAUCAAGCGAAGCAAAGAGAGAAGAAGAGAAGAUUUUCGAUCGUCCUUUUUUUUCUUAGUUGUUAGUCAAGAAACGAAGGGAGAGAAAUUUAUAUUAAAUUUACACACACACGCAAAGCAAACAAAAUUAGAAGAAAGUAGUUGUGUAGCAUCGCUUUCCAAACUGUCCAAAACUAUUCUAAAAAAAACAAAUUGUCACAUCCGCACCCCGUCAAUACAAAUCCGGCGUGAGCUACUUAACUUGCACACAUCCUUUCUUGUCCUCUUUUUUUCUAUGAUUAUUUUUUUCACUUUUUCUUUCAACCCUCGUUUAAAAUGCUUUGCUCUACUCUUAUUUGGUCAGUAGGUUAAAAAACACAAAGAAUAAAAAAAAACGUGAUUUUCUGUUUAAAAACUAAACUUUCGUCUAACGAUUUGACUGGUGAAGAUGAAUUCCAUUCGUUUAAUAAUUAGUUGGUUUCGGCCACUUUAACAUGAAUAAAUAUAUAUGAUAAAUUUAACGGAUAUAAUUUUGCUCGGUUAUAAAAGUGAAACA